AUGGAGAGCUUCUACAAUCCAGACGGUGCGGAAGAUGACGACGACUGUUCCACUUUGCUGUCUCUCGGUCCCCCGGGCCAAACCACCCACCAAAGGUACAACCCCGGCUUCGGAGAGUACAAGCAGAUCAGACAGAUCAAUCUCCAAAACCCUAACGGCGAUAAGACUAACGGUGUGACCGUGGCCCUUCACAUCGGCCUUCCCAGCGGUACUUCUUCCUCAUCAGAGGCCGUUGAUCAGGCCAGAAACCCUAGCGAUCUGACGGCGAGCGCGGGUGCAGGUGCAGAUCUGGGGCAGUAUUGGAUCCCCACCCCGGCCCAGAUUCUGGUGGGCCCUACUCAGUUCUCUUGUGCCGUUUGCAGCAAGACUUUCAACAGAUACAACAACAUGCAGAUGCACAUGUGGGGCCACGGGUCGGAAUACCGUAAAGGUCCGGAGUCCCUGCGUGGCACGAAACCGGCAUCCUCCAUCCUCCGGAUGCCGUGCUACUGUUGCGCAGAAGGGUGCAAGAACAACAUAGGGCACCCAAGGUCGAGGCCGCUAAAGGACUUCCGGACAUUGCAGACGCACUACAAGCGCAAGCACGGGUCGAAGCCGUUUGGGUGCCGCAAGUGCGGGAAGACAUUCGCAGUGCGCGGGGACUGGCGCACGCACGAGAAGAAUUGCGGUAAGUUGUGGUUUUGCAUUUGUGGGUCAGACUUCAAGCACAAGCGCUCGUUGAAGGAUCACGUGAGGGCGUUUGGACAGGGCCACGCGGCCCACAACGAGAAUUUGUACGAUUCUUCGUCACGUGGAGGUGCAGGUUAUUAUGAUCGCGUGGUGGUUGAUUUGGAUGUGAUGGAUGAUGAAGAAGAGGAUGAAUAUGAUGAUGAAGGUUAG